CCAGUGCGAUAAAACCAGUUCUGCUUUCAAGAUGUCGGUGUCGGUGGUGUCUAAGCGGCGUUCCAACUUGGGCGAAGGACCGCAUUGGGACUAUACAUCCAACACCCUGUUGCACGUCGACCCACACUUGUGGGACGUGUGCAGGCUCAAUGUCCUUUCACGCGAGACGGAUACCGUUCAUUUGGACGGACUGGUUACCAUUGUCAUACCCUACAAUUCCAACCCCGAUCUGAACGUUAUCACCGUGGGUCGACAGAUCCGUAAAUUGGACUGGACCACGAAGAAGACUGAAGUCCUGGCGGAAGUGGAUCAGGACAGACCAACCAAUCACUUCAAUGAUGGAAAAUGUGACGUCACCGGGCGUUUGUGGGCAGGUGCCUAUGGUGUGUCAGGUACCAGAGGCGAAGAGAGAGGUCCCGACGACAUCGACCCGGAGAAAGGAACGCUGUACAGCUUUGACCCUCCUGGUAUGCAACCCAAAGGCCACGUGCACAAGAUCAGCAUCUCCAACGGCAUGACUUGGUCUCCGGAUAACAAGAAGAUGUUUUACAUCGACUCCUUUACCAGGAUCAUUUACUCGUUCGACUUCAAUGCGGCUACCGGAGAACUUACUAACCAGCAGGUUUUCCUGGACUUCAAUAAAGAUGAAGCGUACAAGGAUAAGGGAUACCCCGAUGGAAUGACACACGAUGUGGAAGGAAAACUGUGGGUCGCUUGCUACGACGCUUCACGGGUUAUUCGGAUUGACCCAGAGACAGGCAAGCUGCUACGAGAAGUAACAUUCCCAGCUACGAAGAUAACGUCUUGUUGCUUUGGCGGGCCAAACUACGACGAGCUGUACGUGACGUCAGCUUGGCGGGGCCUGUCAGAUGAGGAGAGGAAGGCACAGCCUGAUGCGGGAGCGGUCUUCAGGGUCACGCAGCUAGGGACCAGGGGAUUCCAACCGAACACCCUGAAUCUUUGAAGCUUCGUUUUGUCCCGCUUACGAUGUUUACGAUAAAUAGGAACGAAAAUGGUU